AUGGGAAAACAACGCGCCAUUACUUUGGUUCUUUAUGGAAUAAUUCUGUUUAAUUCUGCUACGAUUCUGAAGAGUAAGUAAACUGGGCCACUUUGUUUCUUGCUUUGCGAGCUCCCCUUUUCGAGCGAUGUAAACUGUUCAUCAAUAUUUCUGCAACCUUCUGCGAUUGUUAGCGGAAAUAGGAAACUGUCAACUCUAUCGUCAGAACAUUUUUCUCGCAUUCUAUAGAUUUUUCCACUGCAGUCAAACUUCUGCUAACGGCCACCUCUCUACAACAGCCAUUUUCUUGUGUCCCCAUCAUGGCCGUUGUAGAGAGGUUCAAAAGAAAUGUAAACUCUGACAUUUAGCUUGGACGAGAGAGCAAACAAUAUUCACCCUAACAUAAUUCAAGUCAGAAAGACAUUUUCGCAUAUUUAACUCUUAUAUAUUUUGGUUUCACAGACAUUUAUACCAAGCACGUUGCAUCUUCGCUCACAUGCUCUUAUCUGAAGAAUGUUGGGGACCCUGUGACGGAGUGUUCUCCUGAAAUAAUUUCGGGUCAUUGCACAAGAGUACUUGAUCACGUGGACACAAGUAAAGGACUUGUUCUUGGAAGGAAAAGGAACGAAAAAGGUGCUUGGUUUAAAGUAUCAAACGUUUCAUCGCAUAUCAAACAACACGAGACGUUAUGCUGUUUCGUUUGUUCAGUUAGUACUUUCAGAGUAGUCUGUGUAAAACCAAGCGAAAACUGGUCGAGAGGGGAAUUGGGGUCUAUUGAAAACCUCGACAAUAGAAUAGUGAAAAAUCAUGUUACGAAAGUGAAAGUUAAGGCUUUGCCGUAAUUAAUUAUUCUGGGGAAAACUGGUCUGGAACGCAGGCUAUGAAAAUUGACGAUCAAUAAUGGUCGAUCUACAAAUAUUUAGCAAAAGAGGAACUCCCUUUACCGAUUUAAAACUCUACAAUAAAUAAUUCCUUUUCACAUAUGAAUCAGGUAACAACAAACUGGAAACAAAAGAAAAUUAUGAAAGUUUCCGCAAAUGAAAUGCCUUUGUUUCCGAUUAGAGAGAACUGAAAAAGCCUCUUUUUAUCAAAACAGUUAAUUUUUAACGUACACAAUUCUCAAAGCAUGAUCUUUGGAGUGUUAUUUUUCAAACUUAACUGUUUUGUUUUUCUUUAUUCGUAGUUUACCUGAGUAUUGGUAUUGUAAGCAUGGAUGGUGAAGAUGACAAUUUGCUGCAAACACUUCAAUCCCUGAAAACGCACAUGUCACCAACGGAAAAAACCAAAAUCAUCAUAGUGAUAGCACUUGAUAGAAUCUCACAAAACAUAGAACAGAAUUUUCAGAACGAGCUCGACAUUGGGCUGAUUCAAGUCAUACACCCAACGCAAGAGCUUCUUGGGAGGGUCAAUACAAAAAGCACAAGAUGGAAUCCAUGGUCUUUUACGGAAAAUUUUAAGAAGAAAACAGUAGAUUUUAACAAGAGACUUAUUUUUCUAUUCGAAUAUUGUUUUCGAAUGUCUAAAAAUGUUUUACUUUUGACAGGCCAAGCGCGUGCUGUCAGGCCCUACUUUCCAGUUAUUAAACAGCAAAUUGACAAUUUCGAAAAUCUAAGUUUAUCUUCCUAUGAACACAACUUUGGGAUGAAUGGACUUCCCGGUUUAGGACGGCUUUAUUCCGCACAUCUCGCCGCGGAUGUCGCCGAAUUAUGA